CGGAGGGGGGGGAGGGUCGCCUGGCCUGGCGGGAAUCGCUGGCAGGGGGCGGCCGGGAUGCCCUCCGGGCCGGGGUCUCUCCGCCGCAAUCCCCGCAGCAGGGCAGCCCGGCCCGCUUCCCUCCCUUCGGCUGCCGGGCUUCCUCUUCCGCGCUCGGGAGGCGGAGGCUCCCCACGCGGCCCUGCCCGCCGCUUGCCUGCCUCGCCUGGGCGGCCGGGCUGAGCCGCGCUCCUUGCGGCGCCCCGAUGUCGGCGGAGGGCGAGGGGGAAGCAGCGGCGGCGGGGGGCGUUGGGGGGUCGGGGCUCUGCUGGGUCUCGCUCUUCUCCUGCCUCGGCCUGGCCUGCUCCUACGUGGGCAGCCUCUACGUCUGGAAGAGCCACCUGCCCAGGGACCACCCGGCGGUCAUUAAACGCCGUUUCACCAGCGUCCUGGUAGUCUCCACCUUCUCGCCCCUUUUCAUCUGGGUCUGGAAAGAAGUGACGGGCAUUAAGCCAGAUGCAUCCCUGCUCACCUUGAUGGGGUUCCGGCUGGAGGGCAUCUUGCCAGCGACUCUGCUGCCUCUGCUGCUGACGGUGAUCCUAUUUCUCGGCCCCCUCAUCCAGCUGUCCAUGGACUGUCCCUGGGACAUGGUAGAUGGCUUAAGAGUGGCCUUCGACCCCAGGUUUUGGGUUCUCUGCCUCACCGACAUGCGCUGGCUGCGCAACCAAGUCAUCGCACCCUUCACCGAAGAGCUGGUCUUCCGGGCCUGCAUGGUGCCCAUGUUGGUGCCCUGCACGGGAGUAGGAUUGGCCAUCGUCACCUGCCCGCUCUUCUUUGGAGUCGCUCAUUUCCAUCAUGUCAUCGAGCAGCUGCGGUUUCGCCAAGGAAGCAGAGCCAGUAUUUUCCUUUCCGCAGUGUUCCAGUUCUCCUACACCGCGAUCUUCGGAGCCUACACCGCAUUCCUCUUUAUCCGAACAGGACACCUCAUUGGGCCAGUUCUCUGCCACUCCUUCUGCAAUUACGUCGGAUUCCCUGCGGUGGGCGCAGCCCUGGAACACUCGCAGUGUUUCCUGGUGGUCUUCUUUUACCUGCUGGGCGUGGUUCUCUUCUUUCUCCUCCUCCUCCCCAUGACAGACCCGGCUUUCUUUGGACACCUGCCCAUCUGCUCCCUCUCCAGACUGACCUCUCCCGCAGAUGGUCUCACCAGCUCUUCCUGGUGCUCCUGACAGCCCCAUGGCGCCUCCGCCACGAACGCACCCUUGCUUCUCCCCCUCCACUCCGGGCGCUGCGCUGUGUGUCCAAAUUGGUUCCCAGACGGCGUUCUGCUCCACAGCUGGGAAGGAAGGGCCGGAGCUCCCCUGUUCCCAGAGGCUCCUUACUUCAACCCCAUUUGCCACCAAUGGGUAGCCACGCUGGCACUCUCGCACAUCUCCACCCUGAGCCAACCACCCUUUUUUCUAGAGACCCCCGGGCCCUUUUCCUCCAGGCCCUGAAGAGUUCUAUUUUUUAUGAAUAAAGUACUUUAAGGAGG